AGUUGACUCAGCUGUUGAAGUGCUAAAAAACAAUCCCGACCUUUGAAUGGUCCAAAAGUCCCUUUAGUUACACAACACAAGCCAGUAAAGCCACUCAGGCCUCGUUCUAAAGCUUCGUGUUUGUAUGAGGCCUCAGUUGAAGGUAACCUGACCUCAGAACUGUUUUCCUGUUUGUCGUUUUCUGCAGCGUGUGUGAGGCUCAAGGAACAGAGGUACGAUGGGCAGCAGUCUUCCGGUCGCAGUUACUCGUACCUGAAGCAACAGUGUUCGGGGAAGUCUCCCAGCCCGCUGUGUUCAGAUGACGACUGGGUUUCUAAAUGCCCUUCAGGCUGCCGACUGCAGGGUUUGAUCUCGCAGACGGAGAACGAUUUGGACAAGAAACUGUGGACGGUGUGUAAGACAGCAAAGGUGCUCCAUGAUGCGACCGAGAAGUCCAUGUUGGCGAUGACGCACAUCUACAACUCCAACCGCAGAAUCAUAAUCAACAGAUACAUGUCAGAGCUGAAGUUGGUGGAACAUGCCGAUGGACUGGUGAGGAACCUCACCAGGCUACAGAAACGAUCGGCCGCCCUGGCACAAAAGAUCCAGGAGCUGAGCGGCACCGCGCAGAACCAGAUUGAGGAACUCUAUCGCACAGAGGUGGACAUCGACAUGAAGCUGCGAAGCUGCCAGGGGUCUUGUCGGUGGUUGCUGCCAUUCAGCGUUGAUCAUCACAGCUAUAAGGAGCUUCACAGUGACAUGACCUUGGUGGAUAAAAGUCUCAAACAGAGAAGCAAGGCUUCAACACCACCCACUGACAUCCAACGACUCAAGCUGCAGCCUUACGAUGUCGGAGUGGUGCCGUCCACGACCUACAAGACGAUUCCAACGGUCCAAAGGGAACUCCUAACCCAGUUUGAGGACAUUGGACAGAACCAGUUAGAGCUGGAGGAGCUGCUGGAGGAGUCCAUAGAUGUGGACAAGCUUAAUGUCGUAGAGACUGAGUGAAACGAGACGUCCAGGUGUUUUUCGUCUAUAAAUCUCUUAAAACUACGUCAUUAAAGCCAAGAUGGAAACAGAUGUCAUCAAAAUGUAGACUUAUAUCCUGCUGUCUUCUUAAACUUAAAUCGUACAUACACGUCAAAAAGAAAGUUCAUCUUCUAUCAGCAGAUCGUCGGGUACUUACUGGGACUUAAAAUAACUUAGAUCAGGGGUGGGCAACCUCGAGGGCAGUUGUCCUGCAUGUUCUAGUUGUUUUCCUUUAAAGCUUCUGAUAAUUGUGGUCAGCCGGUCUUCACGGUCUGGACAUCUCUAUUAUGGACCGCCAUUUGUAUCAUGGUGAAAUGAAGCAGGGAAACGUCAAACAUGCAGGACAGCAUUUUUAUUUUUUAUUUUAUUAGAUUGCACACAAUAAAAGUAACACUUACAAUCAAAAUAGUAAAACAAAUGUGACAGGAGCGGUCAAAAAGCCCAACGGGCUUAUGCAACGAAACCUCCCCUCAAUUUAGGAAGUAAAACAGUAAAUUACAAAAAACAAAAACAAAAAAACACAACAAGAUGAAAACUAUAAACAAAAAACAAAGAAGGUUAGACUACAUACAGUAGUUACAGAUCAUCAACACACAAAAAAUAAUCAACAACAAAAAAAAAAAAAAAAGAAAACUUGUGACAUUUUUUAAAUGUGAAUUAAAUGAGAUGAUAAAUUUCUUUUAAAAAUCUCUAGAGAAACAGAGGUUUUGAUAAUGUGAGAUUUGCAGUUCCAUAUCUGUAACUCCACGAUAUCUGAGGGAAAACUGGUCGUGUUUAGUUUAUAAAAAGGAAGAUGAAGAUGAUUGACCUGUCUAGUAUUAUAUGAAUGUAUUUGAGAAUUAUAUUUGAAAAAAUUACUAAACGAUAGUGGUAAAGAAAAAGGCGAAAACAUACUGUAUGUUUGUAUAAAAACACACAUAUCUGAUGAAUAUUUAUGUCAUAUACUGAAAGAAUUUUGAGUUUUCUGAACAGAGGAGUAGAGGGUUCCGUAGAGUUAGAAAAAGUUGCCAGUCUUACAAAUCGUUUUUGCAUUAAAUAAAGUUGAUGAAGGGUAUGUAUUUGCCCAAACAAUAUUACCAUAAAUCAAAUAAGGAUAAAUAAUAGAAUAAUAUAGAGUUAAUAAGCAAGAAAUAUUAACGAGAUUUUGCAGUUUGCUGAUGAUGCCCAAUGACACAGUUUUAUUAUGAAUGAAAUGUAUGUUUUUUCCAAUUCAUUUUUCUCAUCAACCAAAAUACCUAAAAGACGAGUAUGUGAGACUUGGGAAAUUUCAUUUCCAUUUACUGUUACUCUAAUAUAAUCUUUAAGAUAUUUCCUACCCCUACCUGCAAAUAUGAUCAAAUUUUACUUUUUGAUAUUUAAUGCAAGCUUGUUGAGUUGGAACCAUUUUGAGAUUCUCAUUAUUUCUUAAUUUGUAUUAUUAAUUAGAGUAUGUCAAUCAGUAUGUGAUAAAAUCAUACUGAGCAAACAAAAUUGGAAAAGAAAAUUUACAAACUGUUGAUGAAAAAUCAUUUAAAUAAGAAAUAAUAAUCAGAAUCAGAAAGGGGUUUAUUGCCAAGUUUGUUAACACACACAAGGAAUUUGUUGUGGUGAUUGGUGCAAUACAAUAAAAAUAAAAAUAUAAAAACAAACAAAUAUAUAGAGAUAAAAUAAGAGAUAGAAUAAAAUAAAAUGUAUAAAUGGAAAUAAACAGAAAUGUACAAUAUGAGGUUUUAAAGUGAUAAAACACAAAAAAUAAGAGUCCUAAGAUAGAUCCUUGCGGACCGCCGCAUGAUAUCUGAGUUAUAUUUGAGACACAACCAUUUAUUAUUACAUAUUGUUCCCUCUCACUCAUAUAAUUUUAGUAUAUUUCCUUGGAAACCAUAAUGUUUCAUUUUAGCCAACAAAAUAUGAUAAUUAACUGUAUCAAAUGCUUUACUGAGAUCUAAAAAAAUACAGUGCAAAUUUGUUAUCAUUUAUAGCUGUAUGUACUUUGUCUGUGAGUUGCAAUGAUACCAUAUACUGUAGGUGGAGUGACCUUUUCUAAAUCCAUACUGAUGCUCAUAUAGAUGUUUUAAAAUUCUAUUAUAAAUUCAUUUCUCCCAAAUUUUAGAAAAACAAGGUAAGAUAGACACAGGACGAUAAUUUGUAAAAAAAAAUUACCUGAAUCACCAGUUUUAAAUAAAGGUGUAAUUUUUGCUUUUUUUAAAUCCUUAGGAACAAUACCAGUUUCCAUGGAUAGACCUAAAACAUGAGUGAGAGGUUCGAGUAUGAAACUAAAUAUCUCUUUUACCAGUGAACUACUCAUUUCAUCAUGGCCAGCAGAGGUGUUUUUAAAAAUUUUAAUGAUAUCCCUUACUUCAUUUAUUUGUGGUGGUACAAAUUGUAGCUUAUCUGGAUAUUGUCGCUCUAAGAAAUCCAAAGGACUACCCACAGUAUUAUCAAUCUUAUUAGAAACCACAAGCGAUUUCAUAUGGAUCACUAAUUAAAAUAAUCCAUUUUGAAACGGAGAAGCCAAACCUGACGAUGUUUUCUUUCUUUUAUUUAGUAAUUGAUUAAUAACAUUCCAUGUUGAUUUCAUGUUAUUUGUUGAUUCCUUCAGUUUCUUUGAGAAAUAUGUUUUUUUUUGGUUGAACGUAAAAUAUGCACAUAUUUAUUUUUAUAUGUUUUAUAUUCUUUUAAGUUUAGAGGGGUUGGAUUCAAAAUAUAUUUUUUGUAAGACUUAUUCUUUUUAAAAGACAUUUUUUUGAGAUCUAAAGUAAACCAAGGCUUAUGGAAAUUGUCAUUCUUCUUUUUUCUUGUCAUUUUAAGUGGAAAACACUGAUUAAACAAACUACCAAAUAUCUCUUUACAAGACGGAGAUGCUAUCAGAGUCACUUUAGAUGCAGAAAAGGUUUUCAGCAGAAUCAGUUGGUACUUUCUCCCCAAUACAUUGCAAAAAUUUGGUUUUGGAAAGUCAAUUAUACACUGAGUUUUUCUGGUGUUCACCGGCUAAACAGCGAAAUAACGAUGCUCCAAAAAACAAACUUUUCUUUCUUUUAGCUGGAUUAUUGAAGAAUGGCCUCUGACCUUCUGUUUGACCAUCGUAAAACUGAAAUAUAGAAAGUGUGGUAUCACCUGACUGACAUUACAAAUGAGCUUGUUACAUGCAAAACAUUUUCAUAACUAACGUAAAUAUGCAAAAAAUGAUACGAUUGUUACACAGAACAAAUAGACAAGAAUUAUAUAUGUCAUAAGCAAUAGUUACGGACCAAUGUUGUCCAGAGCAACAACAAUAUCAGGUCAAUAUCAUCUGAACUUGUGGAAACGUCGUCAUUACGUUCAGCCAUCUUGGAUUUAUCCACUUCCUCCUAUCUUUUUUUAUUUAGGGAACCAAACAAUGCUAUAAACAACCACCGUUCUAGGUAAGUUCACAAAAACCUUAUCUAUUGUUACCUACACAAGGCAGAACAUGGAUCAAGACCCUAUAAAAUGCACCUUAUUAUUACAUGAUAGUGUAAAGUA